AUCCAUUCUUUUAGUUCCUGUCAUAUAGAGCACGCCCACUUCCUUUAUAUAUCAUGUGAGGCUCAUCUCACUAUCUGAUUCUUCUGCGCUCCUCUCUUAUGCUGAUUCUUGCUGAUUCAGCUCUUGAAAGAUGGACUACAACAAUGUUACUCAGACAGCAGGAGAAAGAAACGGCACAAAUUUUCACAGUGUCUUCACACGUCAGGUUCUGCCUGUCUUCUACCUCAUCAUCUGCGUUUGUGCCUUCCUUCUCAACGGACUUGCCGCUUGGAUCUUCUUCAGGGUUCAAAGCUCCUCAGUACUGGUGGUUUAUCUAAAGCACAUGGUGGUGGCAGAUGUUCUGAUGCUCUUCACCUACCCCUGGCGCAUGGCAAGCGACUGGGGUUAUGGCGGCGUGCAGCUGAAGGCCAUUGUUUGCCGCUACACCGCUGUAGUUUUCUACCUUAGCAUGUACACUGGAAUCGCAUUUAUGAGCCUCAUCAGCUUGGAACGUUAUUUCAAGAUAGUCCGUAGCACCUCAAGCAUAUCGUCCUUUCUACAGCGCGUCACCAUGGGAAGGGCUCUGUCGCUAUUAGCAUGGAUUUUUAUGAUCAUCUGCAUGUUGCCAAACUCAAUAUUAACCAACCAGCCCAUUCCCAAGCAAUAUUCCUGCAUGGGGUUAAAAAGUCCACUGGGUUUGCGCUGGCAUCAUUUUUCAGCCCACUUUACUGUGGGAGUCUUCUGGGUGGCUUUUCUCUUGAUGAUAUAUUGCUACUCUUCCAUAGCUUGCCAUGUGUACCGCUCGUAUAGAAGAGUGCAACAGGACAGCAGCGAGGCAGGACGGCGAUCAAAUCGAAGCAUUUUUAGCUUGCUGGCUGUGUUUGUGUUAUGCUUUGUACCCUACCACGUUUGUCGUGUGCCUUACACUUUCAGCCAAAGGCCCACGUCAGGUUAUAGCUUUCACGACCGCUUUAUUCUCUUCCAGAUGAAAGAAGCCACACUCUUCCUGUCCGCUCUUAACGUUUGCCUUGAUCCCAUUAUCUAUUUCUUCAUGUGCAGAACCUUCAGAGAAUCACUUUUGCAAAAGAUAUAUACAAGCGAUAAAAACAGAAGACCUUCCAUAGCUAUUGGGCUGAGCAUCAGUAAUCUUUGAUAAUCAUAUUUUGGUGAAACUAAGCAAAAGGAAAUGAGGGUUGGCAUUACAAAAAUAAAAACCACAGUUAUGGUUUGCCUCGCAUGCAACAUUAAUAGCAAUAUAGUAGGUGAAUGAGAAAUAGUGAUAAGGCCAGACCAAAAUAGUGCAAGCAAAAUUCAACACAAGCUAAUCUAACAUCUGUGUUGCUUGUAUGCAGUGGCUCCAAAUUUUGUAUUUGGUGAUUUUUGGAAGCCUUUUCUUUUUUUAACUGUCAUUUAACAAAAUAUUAAAUCAAGUAACAUCUGCAAACAAAUGGCGCUAGACAUUUCUCAUAACCUCAUUUUGAGAAUGACUUAACAAAUUGGUUUCAAGGUCAUUUUUUGAGGAUUUGUAAAGUUCACACAGCUUUUGUUCCUCCAUUUUGUGAAGUCUAAUUACGACAACUAAACUUUAACAAAUGUUUGUCUAAAAAGCGAAUGGUGCUCAUAAUUAUAUAAGAACCAAUCUACACUGCAAAAAAAUGGUUUUUUACUUAGUGUUUUUAUUUUGUUUUCAGUAGAAAUAUAAAAAAAUUCU